GUUUUAUUUUAAAGGAAGGGUUUUAGUGUGUGCAAAUGCUUUCGAUCUCCAACACUUCAAGGGCAAGAUGGUGUUGACUGUUGAUGAUUUGGGCUUUACUGCUGGCCAAGCCCUGACGAUUGGUGGUAAGGUGAAAUCUGGCUGUGAUUACUUCUCCAUCAAUAUCGGCCAUGAUAAGGACUCUGUGGCCUUGCACUUUAAUCCACGUUUUAAGUACAAGAAGGACCGCAACAUCAUCGUGUGUAACUCUAACCGAGGCGGAUGGGGAAAGGAACAGAAAGAGCACAACUUUCCAUUUCAACGUGAUGAGGCCUUCAAGGUGUUCACUGUUAAGGACAUGACCUUCAAGGCUGGUCAGGAGCUGACCAUCAGUGGCAAACCCAAGUCUGGGUGUAGUUUAUUCUCCAUCAAUAUCGGUCAUGACUCUGAUAACAUCGCCCUCCACUUCAACCCCCGCUUUAGCUACGAGAGCGACAACAACGUCAUUGUGUGUAACUCCAACCGAGGGGGAUGGGGCGAGGAGGUGAAGGAACACAGCUUCCCGUUUGACCAGGGCGAGACCUUCAAGGUGGUGUUUAGCUUCAACAAUGACCAAUUUUAUAUCAAACUCUCUAACGGCACAAUGAUGAGCUUCCCCAACCGCUUUGGCGAUGACAGCUUCAAGCAUAUUGACGUGCAAGGUGAUGUCAAGGUUCAGGGCAUCAAGCUCAAAUAAAGUGCUCAGCAUUGAUUUCAUGGAAGAACAUCUAAGCAAUCCAGUGGGCCAGUACACCUUGAAAAUAUCUGUCACCCAGGCCUUUGUCACAGUUUCUCUAAGGUGAGGGUCACUGAGAAACCUUCUAUGAGCCACGAUCCAGUUGACUUGAACUGGGGUCCAGAAAGUGUCUAAUAAGAUACCACUGAGGUUUGUUAAUAAAAACCAAAACAAAAUAA